AUGCCUGUGUUACUGGCCCCAGCUGAACGCAGCCAGGACACCCGCGUGGGGGCCCCGGAAUGGCGCGAAGCGGCGCACGCCGUGUCUCAACAGGCCCACAUGGUCACCGACCGCCGCGGGCAGGAGGCGGUGACCAUGUGGCAGCCGGCAGACAGCGUGCGCGACCCGCACGUGGCGCGCCACCUCUGCCGCGCCGCCUACAUCGAGCCUUGGCGCUUCCGCGUGGAGAUGCUCAAAGGGGGCACCACCAUGGAAAAGCCGCCGCCGGGAGAGGGAGUCACGCUGUGGAAGAGCAAGAUGAAGCCCCCGGCCUGGAACGCGCUCCUACCGCUGCCCCUGCUCCGCGACGUGCGCGCCUUGCAAACUGCAGAGGUGGCGCAGGCGCAGGCGCGGGGCGCGCGCCUCACCGCCGCCCGCCUCUGCAGAGCUCAGCAGCAGAUCAACGCGCAGCUGCAGCUGCUGCAGCGCCAGCGCGAGGCUACAGAUCACAGGCUCAGCGAAGUGCGCAAGGGCCUGCUCGUCAACGCGCAGAGUGUCAAGCUGCGGAGCUACCGGCCAGAGCCGGAGAAGGUCCCUGACAAAGCAGACCGCAUGCUUACAUGGGAGAAAGAGGAACUGCGGUCCAUGAAGAGAAAAAUGGAGAAAGAUAUGGAAAAAUCAGAGACCCUGCUCAAGAGUCUGGCAUCCUGCAGAGACACACUGGGCUUCUACUGCAAAGAAAGGCUGCAGGCCGUGGAACUCAUGAACCAGCCACUGGACAAGAUUCUGGAGCAGGCCGGCCGCCACUCCUGGGUGGACCUCUCUCGCAUGCCCACCCCACGCACGCAGGGACAGAAGACGCCUCCUCCAGACCCCGUGGGCACCUACACCCCAGAGUGCUCAGUAGCUCUGAACGAUGCCAAGCGGUUGUUGAUGGAGUCCAAGGAAACCUUGGCAGAAAUGGCCAAAAAUGAGUCGGAUGUCAGGGAGCAACAGCAGAAGAUAAACAACGGUGUAUGCACCACACUGGCUCAGAAAAUACAGGAGACCUUGGAGCUGAAGGAAAAAUUGAAUAUGUCAUUAGGACUGAUGAGGGGAACUAUUCACCGGUGCACAAAGUUUAACCAAGAGAUGUACAUCACCCGAGGCCUGAUCAAAGGCCCUCUGUUGGAGUGUCACCUGGAGACUCGAGAAAAACUGAACAGACCCCUGGUUCGCGUGUACCAGAGACACAUAGGCACUCAACUCCCUGAGGCUGCGCGUCUGGCACAGGGCACCAACCAGCUACAGCGCCACAUCCUGCACAUGGAAAAGAACCUGAAGGAGCUGCUUGCUGUGCGCAAUAAACUCUCCUGGAGCCACAACUGCAAGAAGGUUGGGCAUGAAGUAGACCACAGUGUGGUGCGCUUGCGCCGUCGCCAGCAGCAUCCGCACAUGUGCUACCAGGAGGCGCAGUGCCUGGUAGAUGACUGUGACCUACGCGCCCAGCCACCAGCACGCAGCAAGGCCAGCCCUGUGCCCAAGUGA